UUAUCGGGUCAAACUGAUUUAUAGUCUUUCAGGAGUUUCAUCAGCAGCGUUGAAUCCGUCUCUAAAAUGAUCUAAAUCUAUGCGUCUCUAGUUCUCGAAUUUUGCGCGGUAUAUCUGAAAAUUCCGAGCAGCGAGAAAGGAUUGGAAUCGGUUUUCGGGUUCAGACCAGUAAUGGCGUCGGAUCCUCCGCUUUUCCAGAACGCGUCGCGCUGUGACGUCUGCAAAUGCAGUUUCAACACUUUCCGUCGACGGGUAUUGCAUUCGUCAUCGUCAAUUCACAUAUCAUCAUUGCCGAUGUUGUGGGAGGACAUUAUGCCAUGAACAUUCAUCAGAUCAAAUGGCUUUGCCACAAUUUGGCAUCUACUCCUCUGUAAGAGUUUGUGUUGUCUGUUUUAAUGGGUCCUCUAGAUCUGGGAAAGAUCACUUACAAGCUUCUUCAGAUGGCAUUGAUUCCGUAACAGAUACAGUAUCUAGAUUAGAUAUUGGUGCAGAUAUAGACGGAAAAAUGGAAACAACUUCAGAACAUCGGCCUGUGGUAGGAGUUUUAGAAUGCAAGUGUGGGAUGCCUUUAUGCAUUUGUGAAGCUCCAGCCCCCACCACCAAUGAACUUCCGCUGCAGAUGGCAAUCACUUCCAUCUCUGCUGCCCAAUCAAAUCCAAACCCAAAGAAGACGGACAUUGUUCCAAAGAAUAGAGGAUCGACUUCAAACAGCAAGUCUGGUUCGGUCUUCAAUCUUGGUCAAGCAAACAAUGUUACUGUGAGUAUGCCUCAGAAGGAUUAUGAAGUCAAUGGAGAGGGUCUGAGAGAAGCUAUAAAGAUCGGGGAUACUGCAGCAGUUAAGAAGCUCCUGAGUGAGGGUGUGGAUGCAAAUUACCACGACAAGCAAGGAUCAUCUUUACUUCAUCUGGGGGCUCUGUUUAACCGAACUGAUAUAGUUUUUACCCUUAUGGAACAUGGAGCAAGCCUUGACAGCAAGAAUGCACAAGGGGAAACUCCUCUGGACUGUGCUCCUGCCACUCUGCAAUACAAGAUGCGACAGAAGAUGGAAGAAAUUGUGCAGUGAUGCCUGCUUACAAGAAAUGAGAGCGGAUAAGUUGUUGUCUUUGACCCAAGAGUUCAACUUGUAGGUUUACUCUAAGAUCUUUUUCAUUUUGAGUGCUGCACGUAUUUGUAUUAUCCAUAAUGUACAUAAUGGCAGAUGGGUUGGAAAGUCUUCUGCUCAUGGACUGUCAAAUAUUGUCUCCAAGGGAAUAAACAAGCCUCUGUCUAAAGACAUGGUUACAUCUUCUGCAUGCCUUUAAAAAAUCGUUUAUAAUAGCUGGGAAAGAAUUUUGAGCUGAAUUUCGACAUGGGCUAGCCUUAGUUAUGGUCUUAUGGAUAAGAUUGAACACAGUGGAGGAUGAUCCAUGUCAAAGAUCUUUAUGUCAACAUCUGCAUUGCAUGGCAUUUACUAUAUUUUUUAAUGCAUCUUGGUGUUUGGCAAAAGAUAUUACACUAUAAAGCUUUAGAUAUCAGCACUUUUCGUCA